GAGAGCGAGAGCAGCCGGUUGGUGUCACUCACUCACCCAGCAGCAUCUCGCGCUUCGGAUUGCUAGUUUGCACAGCUUAACGAGGUGACAGUAGCCGAGCGAGCGAAGAAAAUGUCAGCCAGACCCGGCUUUUACCGGCAGGAGCUCAACAAGACCGUAUGGGAGGUUCCCGAGCGGUACCAGAACCUGACGCCGGUUGGAUCCGGGGCGUACGGAACUGUGUGCUCGGCGUAUGAUGUGAAGUUGCGUCAGAAGGUGGCGGUGAAGAAGCUGUCCAGACCCUUCCAGUCGCUCAUCCACAGCCGCCGGUCCUACAGAGAGCUGCGCCUGCUCAAACACAUGAAGCAUGAGAAUGUGAUCGGACUGCUGGAUGUUUUCACUCCAGCUUCCUCUCUAGAAGACUUCAAUGAAGUGUACCUGGUGACUAACCUGAUGGGUGCCGACUUGAACAACAUUGUCAAGUUCCAGCGUCUGUCUGAUGAGCAUGUGCAGUUCCUUAUCUACCAGUUGCUCCGCGGCCUCAAGUACAUCCAUUCAGCAGGACUGAUUCACAGGGACCUGAAGCCCAGCAACGUGGCUGUGAAUGAGGACUGUGAGCUCAGGAUCCUGGACUUUGGAUUGGCCAGACAGACAGAUGAUGAGAUGACCGGCUACGUGGCCACACGCUGGUACCGGGCACCAGAAAUCAUGCUCAACUGGAUGCACUACAACCAGACGGUUGAUAUCUGGUCAGUGGGGUGCAUCAUGGGAGAGCUGCUGAAGGGGAAGGUCCUGUUUCCUGGCAACGACUACAUCGACCAGCUGAAGAGGAUUAUGGAGGUGGUUGGCACGCCGAGCCCAGAGCUUCUCAAGAAGAUGUCCUCCGAACAUGCGCAGAAGUACAUCCAGUCUCUGCCCUUCAUGCCCCAGCAGGACCUGGAGAAGAUCUUCAGAGGGGCCAACCCACUAGCGGUGGACCUGCUGAAGCGUAUGCUGGUGCUGGACUGUGAUGGGCGGAUCACAGCGUGCGAGGCGUUGUCCCACCCCUACUUCUCCCAGUACCACGACCCGGAUGACGAGCCCGAGGCCUCCCCGUACGACCAGACGCUCGAGAGCAAGGACCGCACGCUGGAGGAGUGGAAAGAGCUGGUGUUUGAGGAGGUGAGUGGCUUCAAAGCUCCUGUCAGCAAACCAGACAGCCUGCAGGCUGAGCAAUAGGAGCCUGCCUAUAACACCCCAUCCACCAAUCAGAGAAGGCAGAGAGAGGGAGAACCUGCCUAUAACACCCCAUCCACCAAUCAGAGAAGGCAGAGAGAGGGAGAACCUGCCUAUAACACCCCAUCCACCAAUCAGAGAAGGCAGAGAGAGGGAGAACCUGCCUAUAACACCCCAUCCACCAAUCAGAGAAGGCAGAGAGAAGGAGAACUCGCCUACAACCCCCCAUCCACCAAUCAGAGAAGGCAGAGAGAGGGAGAACCUGCCUACAACACCCCAUCCACCAAUCAGAGAAGGCAGAGAGAAGGAUGAAUCUGCCUAAAAUGCCCCACCAACCAAUCACAUAAGGUAGACAGAACAAGGAGCAGGCCUACAAUUCCCCAUCCACCAAUCAAGAGCAGGCCAAGGCAGAAGAGCCCGCCUGCAAAAUCCCACUCACCAAUCAGAGCAGAGAUGCACAGAGGAGGACAGGCCUAAGAAUGACUACUACCCAAUCAGAACCUCUCAGGCCAUCCCUCUGGCCUGAUGCGCUGUGUAUAUAUAUCUGUGUACAAAUAUCUGUGUGUGUGUGUGUGUGUGUGUGUGUGUGUGUAUGAGUGUGUGUUGUUCAGUACCACUGCCUAUUUUACCUACAGUUUUGGAAUGCUUGCAAGGUGUGUGUAUUGUUGGGGAUGUCCAGGUUGUACCUUAUCAGGGAGAAUGUUCUUAUGCAUGUGUGUGUGUGUGUGUAUUUAGUUCUGUGUCUGAAGCACAUCUGUUUGGAUGCUGGUGUUCUCUGAUGCACUUUGUGUGUGUGUAUGUGUGUGUUUACCUUUUAUACUCACGAAAGGGAAGAAGCUGAGGUGUGGCAAAGAAUCUGCUCCACCCAAUCAUAUUGGUGGGAAACAGGUCAUGUGACUAGUCACAUGCGUGCGCCCGCCAUGUUUCAUUGGCUGUCUCCGUUAGUAGGAAGUUACAGGGUCAUAAGUAGCAAAUGCUGUGUGCUCUUCCAAACAAGCAUCUCUAGUUCACCCAGGAGCAGGGCAGUUCUACCAGUUCUACCUACUCUCCAGGGUAGAUGACCCAGGGUGUGUGCUCCCAGGGUGUGUGUUCUCCAGGGUAGAUGACCCAGAGUGUGUGUUCCCCAGGGUAGAUGACCCAGGGUGUGUGUUCCCAAGGUGUGUGUUCUCCAGGGUAGAUGACCCAGGGUGUGUGUUCCCAGGGUGUGUUCCCCAGGGUGUGUGUUCUCCAGGGUGCGUGUUCUCCAGGGUUAAUGUCACCCAGAGUGUGUACUCCUAAGGGUGUGUGUACUCCCUCUCCAGGGUGUGUGUUGCCCAGGCUGUGUGGAUAUGUACUCCCCAGAGUGUGUGUACUCUCCAGUGUGUGUAUGGUCCCAGAGUGUGUGUACUCCCCAGAGUGUGUAUGGUCCCCAGAGUGUGUGUACUCCCCAGAGUGUGUUUCUGGGAAUGUUGGCGCCUGUGAGAACGGAAUGGUUUGGGAACUUCCUGGUCUGAUCCUGUGGGGACUAUUCCAAAUAUACCACCUGGACCAGGUGUUCCAACACGGAACGCGGAACACAGAACACAGAACAUAGUGUUAUCCUAGACAGGAGAAAUCCAUUGGGAACCUGAAGAACCUUGAUCAGUGCUACAGAACAUUGACCUGUGUUGUAUGUAAAACACCUUCCUGGUUGAUACGUCCUCCUCCAGGUGGACGAGGAAUGUCCAGUCUGUGUGUGUGUGUGUGUGUGUGUGUGCUCUGUGUGGGUCAGAUCAGAUUAGCCUUCACCAUCUGCACGCUAUGCACUGUCUCUGCUGUAACCCCUGCACUCCCACGUCCCCAUAUCUACCAAAUGCUGCAACACACUCUGGGCACAGCACUAACACAGGCCUCGUGUUAUCUUGUGCAUUUGUGUGUGUGUGUGUGUGUGUCAUAGCACCUGUACGCCACCACUAACUUACUCUGUUUGAGAUGCAUGAUGGACAGGGGAUAACCUGACUGGAGUCUCUCUCUCUCUCUCUCUCACACACACACACACACACGCACACGCGCACACACACACACACUACAGUUCACACCUCAUUUAGGAAUAUUUCAAUCAGUGCAGAGCUCACAUGCACAUACACACAGCAUGUGUAGUUUCAGACAGACUUUCCAUAUGCUGUGUGUGUGUGUGUGUGUCUCUUUCUCACACUCACACCAUAUGAUCUUGGCUAUGGGCCAGCCUCUCUCUCACACACACACGCUCGCACACACACACGUAGCUAGAAAAAGCAGGGAGAUGUGUUGUGUGGUAUACCAGUGGUGGCUCGGUGCUGUGCUGUAAGGGGUUAGAAUUGUGUUAGAGACACAGUGGUUGUUUUUAUUGUGUUGAGUAUUCAUGUUUAUUGGAAUGUGCCCUACAGUAGAGCUGUAGUGUAGCGUAGCACCAGUGUGUAGCGUAGCACCAAUGGUUGUAGUGUAGCGUAGCAUAGUGUAGCGUAGCACCAAUGGUUGCAGUGUAGCGUAGCAUAGUGUAGCGUAGCAUAGUGUAGCGUAGCACCAAUGGUUGUAGUGUAGCGUAGCAUAGUGUAGCGUAGCACCAAUGGUUGCAGUGUAGCGUAGCAUAGUGUAGCAUAGCAUAGCACCAGUGGCUGUAGUGUAGUGCAGCGGUCCCCAACCACCGGGCCGCGGACCAGUACCGGGCCGCGGGACAUUCCUAACUGGGCCAUAGCCUACGACAU